AUGUCCUUCCCACCAAAGGAGAUAACCGAGAUUGUUACCGAAAUAGCUCAGAUCCUACGAUCUAAGAAUCAAACGCUAGCCAUUUCUGAAGCAGCGUGUGGUGGCCUCAUUUCAGCAUAUAUUGUCUCUGUCCCCGGGGCAUCCGAUUUCUAUAUUGGUGGGAAACUACUAUACUCCUUGAAACAACGUUUGAAGCUCUCUGGAUGGUCACAGGAUGAGAUUGCCAAUUAUAUGGGACCUAGUGAAUUGGUUGCGAGAAAAUUGGCAAGAACCUCGAAAUAUGAGUUGGGAUCGACUUUUGUACUUUCGGAAACGGGAUUUGCUGGACCUUCAACUGAUUUACACCUUGACGAAAAGGAAAAGGAACUGGAACUGGAACUGGAAAAGGAACUGGAACUAAAGUUGAAGACAGAUCAGCUGCAAGAGCAGGAGAGCGGGAGUGGGAGUGGGAGUGGGAGUGUUGUGGGAACAGUGUUUAUCGGCUUUACUGGGCCAAAUGGAGAUUGUUCAACUAGCAAAACAACAGGAAGUCACGAUAGGGCACAGAAUAUGAGUGAUUUUGCUAAAUUUGCAUUACAAUUUUUAUUAAACCAGUUGAAAAAUGAAAACGAAAAUUGA